CACCCAAAAAAAUUGGAGAGAAAGAAGAUUGCUUGAGUGCAUUGUAUUAAGAAGCAACUUUUGGAUUUGGUGAAAGAAAAGGAGAGCUCCACAUAUCAUCUAAGUUUUACAAAUUGACAAGAGAUUGCAGAGGAGACUUCAACGUGUGGCCUUGCACAUGCACUGACUUCAAUCCACCAAUUUUUUCCCAUUUUUUCUCUGUGUCAUACUUGUACAGCCUCUUCCAAAAGUCCCAACUUUUAAGAUUCAAAAAGACAAGAAUCCAAACCCAAAACCCAGUUUAACAAGAAACUAAAGAAGAAGAAGAAGAAGAAACCCACAUGGAGAAAGUUAAGGAGAAUGUAACCAGCAACAAUCAUGACAUGGAAACACCCAAAAAUAUAACAAUUAAAGGCAUUUUAAGUUUAUUGAUGGAAAAUAUUGAUGAAAAAGAUAAAAGAAGUGUGAUUUCUUUAGGUAUGGGUGACCCUUCUGCUUAUUCUUGCUUUCACACUACACCUAUUGCUCAAGAAGCUGUUGUUGAUGCUCUUCAGUCUGACAAGUUCAAUGGUUAUGCCCCUACCGUUGGUCUUCCUCAAACUAGAAGGGCAAUUGCUGAUUACCUUUCUCGAGAUCUCCCCUACAAGUUGUCAUCUGAUGAUGUUUUUAUCACAUCUGGUUGCACACAAGCCAUUGAUGUUGCUUUGGCAAUGCUUGCUCGACCGGGUGCGAAUAUUCUGCUUCCAAGACCAUGCUUUCCUAUUUAUGAACUUUGUGCAGCAUUUAGGGGACUUGAAGUUAGGCACUUUGAUCUUCUCCCAGAGAAAGGCUGGGAGGUUGAUCUUGGUGCAGUUGAAGCACUUACAGAUCAGAAUACUGUUGCACUGGUUAUCAUAAACCCUGGGAAUCCUUGCGGAAAUGUAUAUUCUUAUCAACAUUUGAAAGAGAUUGCAGAGACUGCAGAAAAGCUUAACAUUCUUGUGAUUGCUGAUGAAGUUUAUGGACAUCUUGCUUUUGGGGAUAAUCCAUUUGUGCCGAUGGGAGUUUUUGGGUCCAUUGUUCCUGUUCUUACUCUUGGUUCUCUAUCAAAGAGGUGGAUAGUGCCUGGAUGGCGACUUGGUUGGUUUGUUACGACUGACCCAUCUGGCAUGUUUAGAAAACCCAAGGUUGUUGAGCGUAUUAAGAAGUACUUUGACAUUUUGGGAGGACCUGCAACUUUCAUCCAGGCAGCGGUACCGUCCAUUCUUGAGCAAACUGAUGAAGUUUUUUUCAAGAAGACCAUCAAUAUACUGAAGCAGGUCUCAGAGAUUUGUUGUGACCGGAUAAAAGAGAUCCCUUGCAUCACUUGCACGCACAAGCCACAGGGAUCUAUGGCUGUCAUGAUGAAAUUGAAUCUUUCACUAUUGGAUGAUAUUUCCGAUGAUAUAGAUUUCUGCUUCAAAUUGGCCAAAGAGGAAUCUGUUAUCAUUCUUCCAGGAACAGCAGUGGGGCUAAAAAAUUGGCUCCGAAUAACUUUCGCUGUCGAUCCGAAAUCUCUUGAAGAAGCUCUAGGGAGACUAAAAUCUUUCUGUCAAAGGCACACCAGAUACAUAUACUAAAUAACUCAUCAUCAAAUUCAGCCAGAGAAGAGGGAAGGACAGCUACUAAUCAUUUUACUGAUGGAUUCAUAUUGGCAAUUUUUAAACAUAAAAUUAAACUUCAAAGGCUGUAUAAGAUAGAUGUGUAGAAACCUAUGAGAAUAAAAUGUUUAUGUAUAUUAAUUAUGUACAUCUUGUUUCACACACAAACAAAAAAAAAGUGCAAUUUUUAUCAUUA